AAGAUCCCUGGAGGAACUGUCCCUCGUAUUUCUUUCCUCUGUCUACCCCCCUCUCUCUCGCCCUGUGCUUUCGCUUUCGCCUCAGCACAAGGAGGUUACUGUUACCUGUUAGUGCCAGUAUUAGUAUACCUCAGCAGGCAGCCCAGCCGCCAAGUGCAGUGGUAGUGGUACUGUGAGAGCCAGAGUAGAGGAACACGAGCAUCUUCCCCCAUGCCCUUGUGCUCCAUGAGGGGGAGGUGAGGAAGAGAGGGGAGUCUGUCCCCAUUUCACGUGCUGAUCUGAUUCCCGGCGGCAAGCUUCUCCCCAGGUUUCAUCUAUGGAGCAUGAUGCUGGCUUGAAAUGCGAGAAUCAUUCCAGAUUGGGAGCAGGUCCUGAAAUUUUGCAGUCCUCCCACUGCAUCAGUGAAGAAAAUGAGAGUCGAAGCAGAAGAUACAGUCAGUUGAAAUGCUCAGAGAGCAACUCAGGGGAGUUACGCCUGGACCGCAUCCCAAAUUUCCACUGCAAGAGCUUGCCAACAAGAAGCCACGAUACAAAUGCAGAACAAAGCAUCAUGGGGAAGCGUGGUUCUAUGUACCAGAGCUCUAGUGAAAUUAGCAGAAUCAGAAAAAUCCAGGAGGGCAGGAGGAAAAUAGAUUCUGCAUUUGACGGGGAUGCGUUUCUGUCCUUCGAUAUUGUCGACUCAACCUCCCAGCCUAGCACAAGUGGAGCUUACCUGCAUUCCCACCAGAAUCGGAGGUCAGGGACUAAGUCUUCUGUGGAAACUAAUCGUAGGAUUCAUCGAGCAUCGAGGGACUUUCUGGAUCUUUCAUUCCGGGAGCUACCUGACGAGAAUUUUAAGCUAGACCGACCACGCUUGGACUGCACCUUGUUGAAAAAUGAUGGAGGUAAUGGUUUCUUGGAGAUUUCUCUUGAGAAAGAGCUCACAAAGGGCUCCUGCAGAAAUGCAGCUGCUCAUUUGCUAGACGUUGAGUCAGGUAAAGGUACAGAAACAAAUUGCCAACACAAGACCAGUGGAGAAACAAAUUACCAACUCAAGACCAGUGGAUGUCCUAGCGAGAAUAACUGUGGUGAGAGGGAGAGAGAUUCAGCAAGCAGUUCUAAGUCCAUGUCAGUGAAAGUAAGCUCCUUUGAUGGUACCCCUCCAUCUGAAAAUGUUCAGCAUGGCAUAGAGAGCAACACUAAAGCUCGAUCAAGCCCCUUCAAGAAGAUUCUGGACCCUAUCAUGAAGUCCAAAUCUCUUAGGAGCCCAUCUCUCAUGGAAAAGGGAGACCCCAACUCAACUGUGCCUGUUAGCAGGAAAAAACCCAUAUCCCGCAAAUCAUUGCUGAGUGAUUUUUCAAGAACUGAACAAGCAUCUAAUUGCCAACCAAAUGGAGAGAUACAGCAUAUCAAAUCUGCUUUGUCACCUGCUCAUCUUCAAGCGGUUCUUAAAUUGGAUUCCAGGAAUGGUAUACAGGUUUUUGAAUUUUGUGUCAAGGACCCUGAAGAAUCCAUUUCUGCCAGGAGUUGGAAAACUGGGAAUGAGUUGAACUCUAUUUACACCUUCCAUAGUGGUCGUCAGCGAUCAAGCGCUGCUGGAAGGAUCUCCAAAGAUGGAGGUUGGUGUUCACCCCCAAUUGUAGGCCAGGUGCAGGUUUCUUCUUAUCUAUGCUCUGAAGUUGGAAAAGAUGGUACGGUGAAUAACUCCGUCGUCAACGAGUUUGUUUCGUAUGAUAUUGCUCAUGCAAGGCGUGUUGUUGAGGAGAAGACUCAAUGCACAGAGACCACUCAACCGCCACUGUGCAGUGUCCUUGAUAAAUCAAUCUCUGGUGAAUCUCCACGGAGGAUUAAUCUGAUGGACCAGCAAAAGAAUGCAAGAAAUAACUCAGAUGUAUCAACAUCUUGCCCAUGGUCUGAAGAAGAUCUUUAUCCUCAUUUGGAGAUUGCGGCAACUGUAAUCCAGGUUCCGUUUCAUAAAGUUAAGUCCAAAGAAAUGAAGAAUGGUUCAUCUCCUUGUACUGUCAAAGUGAUUACACAUAGUGGACUACAUGGUUUACCGAGCGACAAUGAAGCCACCCCAUCACCCUUGCUAGAUAGAUGGAGGUAUGGUGGAGGCUGUGAUUGUGGCGGAUGGGACAUGUCUUGUCCCAUUGUUGUCCUUGGCAAUGCAUAUGAUAAUAACUGGGCUGAGUCUAUAACGAUAAAUGCGAAGCAUCCUAUGGAGCUCUUCGUUCAGGGUAGCAAAGAAGAGCUCCCUGCCCUUUCCAUGAAGGCCAAUGGGAAAGGACAGUUUUUGGUGGAUUUCCAUGCGCGGUUAUCAGCGUUACAGGCAUUCUCAGUUUGCAUUUCUCUGUUGCACUGUUCUGAAGCUUCGAUGGCCGUCAGUCUUGAGAAGGGCAAGCACAAGCUCUAUUCCAGCUCACUUAAGAUGCUCCUUGAGGAGGAUGUGAGGCACCUGAUUGAAGCAGUCACAGCAGAAGAGAAGAAGCCGAGGAAGAGGAGAGAAAAGGCGCCUCCAUCUGUUCUGCUCGACCCACCUUUUUCUCCCAUUGGAAGAGUAUAGGGUGUGAGCGGUUGAAGCAUGAAGAACCCUGGGGAAAAUAUAAUAAAAACCUGUGGUUCUUAUUGUGUGUAACAUCAUUCAUCAGUCAUGAUUUGGCUUCAUGAUCAUUUUUUUUUUAUUAAAGGGGCAAUUUUUUCUUGUUCAUAGGAUGGAGAUUGCAUGUAGUUUCUAGUCUUUAGCCUUUAGCAAGCAGUAAGGCCAUAAUGUACUGUUGAAAUGUCAAGUAGAAAAUUUUAGAAGCCAGUUCCAUGUUCCAACAGGAAGAAUAUAAAUAAAAAUAGCUGGCCAUCGCUUCUGUAUGU